AUGUGUUUUAUCUCCACAGAACUGUUGCUGUCUUUGGAGGAGCACCAGUAUGCGCUAGAAUUGAUCAUGGGUAGAUACCACAAGGAAAUGCUACAGCUUAUGAUGGAAAAGAAGGACCUGGACACACUGCCUGUUCUUAGCCUUCAUGAGGACCAUGCCGAGGUACACACCCUUUCUGCGUUCUCACGAUAAAUGUAAUAAUACAAUGUAUUAGCUAUGUGUCAUGUUUAUUUGACUGAAUUUAUUUGAUUGAAUUUGGAUUAUUAUGCAGGAAGUGCAAAGCCAACUGGAGCGGAUAUGUGAGAUGGGUCAGGUGAUGAGAAGAGCUGUUCAGGUGGACGACCAGCACUACUGCUCUGCGAGAGAAGCUGGCCCAGCUAGAGGUAAACAAUAAUAUAGUUAAUCAAGCAAAUUACUAUUUCACUAUUAGGGCAAAUAAAUAAAUAAAAAUACAAUUUAUCAACCCAGCAGCAUGACCAAUAUUCUCAUCCAUUUAGAUUGAAAACAAGGAGCUGCGAAAUCUACUGAUCAUUAGUAAGAGUUCUGUGAGGCCACAGGAAGACGACUCCAGCCAACCAGCGACAGAGGAAGAAGCCCAACCAUAG